AUGCCUUUAGUAUCAUCAUUAAAAGCAGCAUUAUUAGAAUUCCAAGCUAGUCGAAGUCAUUCACCAACUCGCUUCCAACAGGACUCUACAGAUCAAGCACCAGAUUCUGAAGCAGGUUAUUUAAGGCCUGUAUAUAAGACAGAACCUGAAGCAGGACCACAAAGACCUCCAGCAAGUACACCUGUACAGAGACCACCAAAACCUAUACCACCACCUACUGCUGCACCUCUACUACCUGGUCAAAAAAUUCCUACAGUAAAGAGCAAAAAAAGCAUUCCAAAACCUCCAGUAGUUGAUGAAUAUUAUGAAGAUCCUGAUAAACAAACACAAAGUAAACCAAGACGUGCCCCUCCACCUCCACCACCAGAUUCUCCAGAUUUUGUUGAACAAGAGUACUUAAAUUUGGAUCAAAUUGAAGCUGAUAGGAAAAGAAGAAGUUCAAUACCAAAAAUAAAUCCUCCACCAAUACCAGCAAGUGAUGAUGGUUAUAUCAAAUAUAACCCAAAUAAUCAAGAUGUUUAUAUAGAUCCAGAUGAAGAUGAGGCAAAACCAACAUUUCAUAAUGGCAAUAGACCUCCAUUACCAAGCAUCCCUACAGCUAAAGAGACAAAGAGUGCAGGUCGUAAGACCUUUUUACCACCAGUCCCAAUUUCAGCAUCUUCAUCCAGAAAAAAAUCUCAGCCAGACACACCAACCAGGAAGACUUCUCAGACAGACACACAAACCAGGAAGACUUCUCAGACAGACACACCAACCAGGAAAACUUCUCAGCCAGACACACCAACCGUGAAGAUUUCACAGCCUGAUCAAGGGGAUAGAAUGGGUAUUUUUGAAUGGUAUCAUAAUGAUUUAGAAAGAGCUAUAGCAGAAAGUAGACUGAAAAAUUAUAAACAUGAUGGUAUGUUCCUGGUUCGUAAGAGUUUAAAAGGUGGACAAGUUCAUCCAUAUACAUUAAUGGUAUUUUAUAAUGCAAAAGUCUUUAAUUUUCCUGUGAGAAAACGAGAUUCUGAUGGUAAAUUUGCUUUAGGUAAAAAGGACUCUCCAGAUGACGUAGCAUUUGACACAGUAGAUGCCUUAAUCCAGAAUCACCAAAAAGUGAACAUGAUUCUUCAAGGUACUAAAGGACAAGGCUUGACUGCCAAAUUAACCAAACCAUUACCCAAAUAAAUCUCAUCUGUGAUGUCUACAUCAAAUACCCAAACUUUCUUACAUGGUUUGUACCUUCUUGGUCUUUCUGUUCAUCAUUAGUAGUAUGGGACCAGUACAUAGGAAUGGUUUUUUGACAGUGGCUGCCAAUCAUAGUUGUCAGGCGUAUCCAAUGGCUAUUUGACAGUGGCUGCCAAUCAUAGUUGCCAGGCGUAUCCAAUGGUUACUUGACAUGGUUUGUUCCUUCUUGGUCUUUCUGUUCAUCAUUAGUAGUAUGGAACCAGUACGUAGGAAUGGUUUUUUGACAGUGGCUGCCAAUCAUAGUUGUCAGGCGUAUCCACUGGCUAUUUGACAGUGGCUGCCAAUCAUAGUUGCCAGGUGUAUCCAAUGGUUACAGCUAACAUGUUUAAAAUUUGUAUAGCAGUGUAUUGAGAGAGGCAAUUUGAUUACAACAAUGGUUUAUGGCAGAUUCAAAUAUUGUUUUAUAUUUUAUUUUGUCUCGCUAUAAAAAAUGUAUAAUUGUAUAUUCAAAAACAUAGUCCUUGUGCCAAAAUAUAUUUUGCUGAAGUUAAAAUUAACAUCAUUAUGUUAUAUAUUUGUAAACUUAGCUAAUUCAGAUUUAUACUACAUGACACGAUUUGAUUGGUUAAUAACAAUGUCAUCAGAACGGGACAGUGGUAGAAUACUUUUAAGAUCACAAUGCAGAGGCUAAAAAACAGAAAAUUAAAAGAAAAGAAUUCUAAUUUAAUUUGAAUUAGAUAGAGCCCUUUGUACAGCAUCACAAUUUUUGAAACUUUUUAUUAGAGGUUUGAUCAUCAUUAUUUUUGUUUGUCUUCAAGACAUUGUCUUAUAGCUUCCACGUGCACAAAAUCUCUAGAAAAUGUGUUAAAGUGUCCCAGUUUACACUAAAGGGCUAGAAAAUCCUUGAUUUGAAAACUAUUCUUGAUACAAAUUAUAAAGCAUAGAACACCCAGACUGUAUGAUAAUGACCUAGUAAUUUAUUUGGAAUUCAUAUUUUUCUAUUAUUUUCUUCUAUUUUAUUAUUAUUUUAGAACAAAUUUUAUUUGCAUGUUAAAGGGACAGAUGCGCCAUUUUUUUAGACCAAUCAUACUUUAGUCUCAUAAUUUCGACAUCACUGUCUGUUUCAUUUGCCAUUUAAAGGGAUAGAUGGGCCAUUUUUU